GUUUUUCGUACCUGUCCAUCCUGCGCGUUGGGUUUGCUCAAAAAUUCCGGGGGGUAAAAAGAAAAGCGCGUGGCUACGCGCCAAGCACGGCCGAGAGGCAUCACGUUCGAAGUUCACGUCGCCCGAAUUAUGGCUACCGUCGCCGUGAGUUCUAUUUCGAAUGUUGAGAAUCUGUCGCCGCAGAUCAUCCGCCGGGUGGCCAAGGAGAUGGCAGAGUUGGCCACCAAUCCACCCGAGGGCAUCCGCGUCAUUCUGAACGAAGCAGACGUCACCGAUAUUCAAGCUGUCAUCGAGGGCCCCUCGGGAACUCCAUACACUGGUGGCUUCUUUAGAGUUAAAUUGGCCCUUGGAAAGGACUUUCCACAAGGACCACCCAAAGCUUACUUCCUCACAAAGAUUUUCCACCCAAAUGUAGCGAAAAAUGGCGAAAUUUGCGUUAAUACUUUGAAAAAGGAUUGGAAGCCAGAUCUUGGAAUACAACAUAUAUUAUUGACUGUAAAAUGUCUACUAAUAGUGCCAAAUCCAGAAUCUGCUUUAAACGAGGAGGCUGGUAAAUUACUUUUAGAGAGCCAUGAUGAAUACGCGGAGCGAGCGAAAAUGAUGACAGAGAUACAUGCACAGGGAGGUGGCAAAGGCAGCAAAGCUGGUCUGGAGAGUUGCGCUUCCUCGGAAGCCGGAGGACCUCUUCCAAAGAAACAUGCGGGUGAUAAGAAAUUAACUGCAGAAAAGAAGAAAAUGUUAAAAGAUAAGAAGAGAACGCUGAAAAGACUAUAAGGAAGAUCGAUAUUAUAUUAUAUUCAUGUCUUUUGUAAUUUAAAACACUGGUGUGGUAAUGUUGCCUCGUGUUGUACACACAAUUAUUGCAUAGUAAAAUUUUAUUAUCUAAACUUGACUGAUCUUAUUACUAAGUAUUUAGAGAAUUUAAUAUUUCUAGCUAGUAAAAAUAAAAAAAAAGGAAAGAAGAAAAAGCUCGAUCUCCUACAUUGUAUGAAAAAUGAGUACAAUUCUGUAGUGAUCUCUACAAUCGCCGGCUGAAUUGGCAGACACUCGGCCUUCUGUACGCUAUAUCUACUAGCAAAUAUUUUUACAUAUGUACAAAAUGAUAUGAUUAUUUAAGUAAAAUAAAAAAAACUUCUGCGCAGAA